AUGGCCUCGACCGGUGGACUCUCCCGACGCCGUGUUCCUAACGCCUCCGGAUCUACCAGCACCUCGGACGACCCAGGCGAAGCAUGGGGCACCUCUCCUUCCCCCUCUGCGACGAACGGAAACGGAGCAGGUCUACCGCAACACGGCUCAGUACCGUCAGUGUCUCACGCUGGCUCUGCUUUCGAGGGCGGCAGCAAAAUUGCCUUUGACCCGCGAGAUCUGGAACGUGAAGACGAGGAUGAGCGACAAGGCGGCCGUGCUCCGCGGCUCACGAUCAUGGAGGAAGUGCUCCUGCUCGGUCUGAAGGACAAGCAGGGCUAUCUAUCCUUCUGGAACGACAAUAUUUCAUAUGCGCUACGAGGGUGCAUCCUCAUCGAGCUCGCUCUCCGGCGGCGUAUUGCGCUGGUGCGGGAUCCAAAUCGGCGGCAAGUGCCCCCAGCGGACCGAGUAGUGGAGGUCAUUGAUGACCGGCAAACGGGCGAGACGAUCCUGGAUGAGACACUUCGGAUGAUGAAAGCGCAGGAGGACAUCGAGCGGAUGGCGGUGAACACCUGGAUUGAUCUGCUUAGCGGCGAGACGUGGAACGUCAUGAAGAUCGGAUUCCAACUGAAGCAAGUGCGAGAGCGGUUAGCCAAGGGGCUCGUAGACAAAGGCGUAUUACGCACUGAGAAGCGUAACUUCCUGUUAUUUGACAUGGCGACGCACCCAGUGGCGGACGUCCGGACAAAAGAGGCCAUAGUAUCGCGUGUUGUCGCGACGCUGACCGCAACGACAUCUGCGGUUCCUGGUACCGCACUGCAGAAGGAGGGCACACAAGCCCGAGCGACCCGUGCGGUAUGUUUAGUGUGCGCUGCCUAUGCAGCGAGCGUGCUUGACAAUGCAUUCGGACGGUUGACAUACGAGGAGCGCGAGGCGGCCUUCCAACGAUGUGACGAGAUUCUGGCCGAGUUUGCGUGCUGGCCGUUCGGGAGCGCUAGUGCAUCAAAAGGCGGUGGGCCGACCCGGAAGAGGGAGGCGGCGCGCAUUGGGAUGGGCAGUACGGGGGUCAGUGGGCGGGAGGCAGUGCUGGGGCUGGUGUUAGAAGUUAGACGGGAGCUAAGAGGAGAAGAGGACUUGUGCUUCGAGCUAGUCGCGGGGGUGUUGGAGGUAUUGUCGAAGCUGGACUCGCUGCUGCUGUGA